UAGUCCGGCGGACAGACAAACGUGUUCGAUGGAAGACGGAUCUACUUUCAAAAUGUUCAUGCCUUGCCUCAGGAAUUACCCGCUUCAUAAGAGACAGAAUGCUGUAUUUAUGUUUCUUCUGUACAGCUUGACAGGUGUGGGGGGCAGUCAGGUUCUGGUGCCCCAGAAAGUGAGUGCUGUAUUGGGGAAGAACGUGACAUUGGGCUGUAGCGUGAAGGUGGAGGCCAACCUGAGUCUUACCCAGAGUUCCUGGGAGCGCCGGCUGCCCACAGGCUCGGUGACGGUGGCGGUGUACAACCCUGUGUUCGGUAUCUCCAUCCCCCCGGACUACGUUCGCCGCCUGUCCUUCCGCUCCCCCUCCUCCCAUGACGCCACCAUCGUGUUGGAGGACGUGGGCUUCGCAGACAUUGGAGUGUACACCUGCAAGGUGGCCACCUUCCCCCUGGGCAACACACAGGCUUCCACCACCGUCAGUGUGCUCGUGGAGCCCAAGGUGUAUGUGUCGGCUGGCUCGGUGGCUCUGAUUGAUGAGGGCAAUGAGACGGUGGUGGCUACCUGCAUCGCUGAGCGGGCCCGCCCCCCCGCCGAAGUAUCCUGGGAGACGGACCUGUUUGGCCAAUCAGAGGUGACGCUGCAGGACGAGGCCAACGGCACCACCAGCACCCAGGUGCACUACCUGUGGCAUCCCACCCGCCACAUCCAGGGUCAAGCCCUCACCUGUGUGGUGCGCCACCCCGCCCUGCACACAGACUUCAGGAUCCCCUACCAGCUCAACGUGCAGUACGCCCCAGACAUUGUGGUGGUAGGUUAUGAUGGUGACUGGCACGUGGGCCGCGAAAGCGUCCAGCUGACCUGCAAAGCCAAGGCAAACCCACCAGCCCACUACUUCAGAUGGAUCAGACUGGACGGGGACAUGCCAGAGGGCGUGGAGAUGGUGAACAACACAUUGCUGUUUCUGAGGCCCCUCCAAAGGAAUGACUCUGGAGUCUACAGGUGUGAGGUUGCCAAUGACAUCAACCUACGCAGCAGGGACCUGCGGAUACGCAUACAAGAUCCUCCCACCACCUCCAUGCCCUCCACCACCCCUGCGCCUGUCCUUACUGGCUCUGCCUCCUCCUCCUACUCCACCUCUGUGGGAGACAAGCGACGGGUCCUCUUCACUUCCCCCACCCUGGCAGCCCUGCCCCCAGCCAACCAACUGGGCACCAUCGUGAGCGGAGCUGUGGGCGGAGCCUUGUUCCUCCUGCUGCUGCUAGUGCUGGGCGGGGUCUGUUACCUCCGACAACGACAGACCUUCCGCGGGGACUACUACACCAAGCAGUACCUAGGGCCUUCAGACAUGCAGAAGGCUCCUCCACAGCACGAGCUCCACCCCACCAAGCCUGCCAAUAACGUUUACUUUGACAAGGACCGCGAGGAGUGGGGCGACUGCGAACGCAUCCACGAGCGGGACCGCGAGCGCCUCCACCUGCAUCCAACAUCAACAACCAUCAUGAACAACCACAACCACAGAGAGCCAGAGCGCCAGGCCAAUGGCCGCACUAGGGUGAUGAGGAAUGGAGAACACCAUGACCACGACCACCUGCGUAGCUACCCCAGCCCCCACCAGACAGGCCAUGCCAGAUACGCUGCCCCGCCACACCCGCUGAGCAACGGCUCCCCCUACCUAUCGGAUGACUGCUGUGACAGCGGGGCCGAGGGGGACUAUGUCUCCCAUACGGAUGGCUCAGUGAUCUCACGCAGGGAGUGGUACGUCUGACCCCACCACCACCACCAGGCACGCUACCCUGCCAACAGACUCUGACACCAGAGAGAAGAGGGACAACGCUGCAGAAAUCACAGGACGAUUUCAUACAUUAUUCUACAAAAGAGAAUAUGCACACGUUCUGCCUCUCUCUCUCUGCCUCUCUCAUUUUUGCAUAAUCUCCUUACUGUAGUUCCCUCUCUCUUUUUCAACAUGGUUUGUCUUUUCUCAAACGAGUUAUUUCCCCCUGAUUUUGAUCCUCAUCAUGGAAGGUGUGUGGAUUGCCUAGCCACACUGUGUGGACAUGCCUUCAUUCUGCACUAGAGGGCAAAUCUGUGUUAACUAGUUAAUGUGGGGUUAGGGCUCACUGUUCACUACACAUGCACGACUACUGUGUCUGCAUUGUGGUAUUGUUUUGAUUGCAAGCCUGCAGCAAUUUUCCUUUUAAGAUGAAUUACUUUUUAAGCAAGCAAAGGCAGCACCCCUGUACCAUUUCAGUUAAUGUCAUUGCAUUUUUUGGGGGGGAGAAUCUGAUGAUUUAAUGGACUAUUCUUGAGUUUGCCAUUUAUACUUACUUUGCGUUGAAGGCCUUGUCUAGUAUCAGCUUUCUGUUGAACGUUUUGACAGGGAUGGUUGUGUGGGGGGGUGGGGACUGUCCCCAAAGAAAGAUUAAGGAGGAAGGGAAGAGAGCAAUCAAAGUGGAAAGUAUUUACACAUCAUUCCAGAUUUCAUUUAUUUUUGGUCUGUGGUUUGGUACCCACAGAGAGGGGAUAGAAUAUUCCGAUUUCUGGCACAUACAAUAUUAUUUGUUGCAGUAAGUGGAUAGCAUCGCUACAAAUCACACAACAUUAUACACAUUAUGUGCUGUUCCACACGUGUGUGUGAGAGUGUAUUAUGACUACCAGUGCCAACUUCGUCAGUAUUGUCAGAUAGCAUUAGAUGCUGUCAUUGCAGCAGGAUGUCAUAGGCUAGAACUAAGUCUGCAAUGUUAUGUAUCAGUGUAGUGGUCUGUCUCACUGUCUCAGAUAGCAGUACAGUAAUGAUAACUAAUGAGUUAGAACUGGGUUUUAGUUAACCUGUAUAUCACAUUUUCAUACAGAGAUUUUCAGCCCUACAUAGAUUAUUUAAAAAAAAUAUUAAACUAAAGGUCCCUGUGACAGUGAGGGGAUGGCUGUAUGUUGUAAGAGGAGUUGCAUGCAUUCUGUAAGCACCUUCUCCAUCUCUUUAUUUAUUUGUGCUUUAGUAUACGUUAAUAUAUAAUCUGAAAUGCCCAUAGUAAUAGAGUACGAUUAGUAGACUGCAGGGUCCCGUGUGGCUCAGUUGGUAGAGCAUGGCGCUUGCAAUGCCAGGGUUGUGGGUUCUAUUCCCACAAUGGACUAGUACGUAAAUGUAUGCACUGACUACGGUAAGUCGCUCUGGAUAAGAGCAUCUGCUAAAUGACAAAAAUGUCAAAUGUAGACUCUUUAUAUUUAGGGCCGUCUAGAAAACAGUGAAUGGGGCAUAAUACUUUUUACUUCAGUUUUGUUAUUUAAUCUGUAAUAUAGUGAAGUAAAUAGAGAUUAUUCAUGGUUCUCUGUCGUCUAGUGAAAUUUCCUCUGUUACUCACUGCUCUGGGUUCAGUUAUGUGACCGGUGCCUUAUCCCAGAAGAGCAGUGAAGUCAGUAGUAAAGUGAUACAAAAAACUCUAUAUAAUAAUGUUGUUAUUUUUACAGACAGAAGUGCAAGUUCUGUUUGGUCCUCUGAGUGAGAGAUUUGUUUGUUGCCUUUCUUUGUUUUCUACUUCACUGUGUUUUGAUUGAGGGAUUCUCUUUUUGUGCCAUAUUCUCUUUUCUGUCUUCUGUCUCUAAGCCAUGAAGUUUGACGAUAGCAUUAUUUUUGCUCACACAAUUAAUGACAUUUGCAACGUCUUCGAGUUGCAAAACACCUAAACAAAGCUGAACUAAGCUAAAAGGGCGAUAAUUAUAUUAUUGCACAGUUCCUAUAUGUCCGUUUUCUGUUAGGGAAGCAGAGUUAAGUGUGCAUGGUAUAUAAGAAAAUGACGGUGGGGAUUUCCAGAUUCCAGAAGGUUUUGGUUAGUUCUUGUACAAAGUGAGGGAAUGGAGAGUGAAGCGCACUAGAGCACCUCACCAGGGUCGAUCUCAACCGUAUUUCACAUUCUCCUUGCAAGCACCUUCCCGUUAUUCAUGUUUGUUUUGUAUAUAAGAGAAGCUCUAAUGUAAGAGAAAAAAAGUAAAAAAAAGAAUGCUAGAAAAUAAUAAUCACAUGCUGUAUCAUCUAUGACAACAAGCAUUAUUUUGUACAUCUUUUUUGAGAUACUUUUGUUUUCAAUAAAGCACCUUUUUUCUGUGA